UCAGUAUAUCUAGCCCUUGUUUUGUGAGCCGCUCCAUCAUAAAGCAGCAAGCGUACUGCUUGGUCCUCAUCCAGCUACACUGAAACAUGGCACCGAAGAAAGCAAAGAAGAGAGCAGAGGGAGCCAGCUCCAAUGUGUUCUCCAUGUUUGAACAGGCCCAGAUCCAGGAGUUCAAAGAAGCUUUCACUAUCAUGGAUCAAAACAGAGACGGCUUCAUUGACAAGAAUGAUCUGAGGGACACUUUUGCAGCCUUAGGCCGUUUAAAUGUCAAACAAGAAGAGAUUGAUGACAUGCUGAAGGAGGCACCGGGACCGGUUAAUUUCACUGUGUUUCUCACCAUGUUUGGAGAGAAACUAAAAGGUGCUGACCCCGAGGAGACCAUCCUCAAUGCUUUCAAAGUCUUUGACCCUGAAGGAAAAGGCUCAUUAAAGAAAGAAUUUGUGACAGAGAUGCUGACAACCCAGGCAGACAGGUUCUCCCCUGAAGAGAUGGAACAGAUGUUUGCGGCAUUUCCUCCAGAUGUAGCAGGGAACCUUGACUACAAGAACCUGGUCUACGUCAUCACACAUGGUGAAGAAAAAGACCAAGAAUAGAUGAAAUAAUUCUGAAAUUCUUGCCCUCUGGACAUUGAAACCAAUGGGUCAUGUUUGUGCAGAAAUAUGUCCAUGAUCACACAGCAGAAACAGCUAGUUUAAAAUAACAAUUAACAUUUCAGCUUCAAUGUUUUGAUGGACACAUGUAUGGAUGUGUUAACUAUGGAUUACUGGAAUGUUAUGAUAUGUAGAUGUUUAUAUAUUAUGACACUAUGUAUAUGUCAUUGCUUUAGCUGGAAUAAAAAGUUAAUUUGAUCACAGAAAAAUACACAUUGAAAACACAAUCAUUGGUGUAAUACUUGUUAUGACAUGAAUGAAUAAAAGAAUGGUUGACAUCA